AUGGACAGCAAGCUGCGCGUGCAGCACGGGCACCACCCCAGCCACAACAACGGCAUCUCCAAGCCGCCGGUGCACCACCACCACGCCGGGAGGAGGGGCGGCGGCGCUGGGUCCGGGACCAGGCAGGGCGGCGGCGGCGGCGGAGGCAAUAAGGGGAUCAAGGUGGUGUACAUCUCCAGCCCCAUGAAGCUCACCGCCAGCGCCGAGGAGUUCCGCGCCAUCGUGCAGGAGCUCACCGGCCGCGACUCCAACGUCGCCGACCACGACAUCGACGGCGGCGACGCCUACUACGCGGGCGCGCCGUCGUCCUUGUCUUCCUACUCCUCGUUCGGACGCGUCUCCCCGGCGGCCACUGCGGCGGGCGCCCGCGCUCUGUCGCCGCCGACGAUGAUCGCGGCGACGAACGACGGGCCGGUCCGACGGGUGCCGCCCGAGUAUGCCGCUGCGAUGGCCGAGCCGCCGCCGUUCCAGAACAUGUACGACCAAACUGCCGGGAGCUUGCUUUACGGCCAGGAUUACUGGUAG